UUGAGAAUGGGCUCGAAUCAUUUGAGCCACCACAACGCCGGAACAAGUCGUUCCCAUUGUAACACUCUCCUGAUUCAUUCUGGGCGAGAACAAGAAGUCCCGAAAACUAGUGCCUCAUUUUUUGCUAUUUCAUCACGCCUCAUUGGAAACGAUUUGAUGUUGUGCGCCUCGCUUGUCCCACAGAGAAGCCAACAACAGCACCCUCAUUGUUCGGAUUAAUAUUAUGCAAGGUCAUGUGAGCAUCACUUGACGCAGCAACCGAGAUUAAGUGAAGUUUUUGAUGAGUUGUUCUCACGCAAUAUGAAGUUUCCGCAACUCGAAAUCUGUGCCAUCAUUGCCGUCCAAGUAAUUUGCGUGAUUGAAAAUUCCACGCAAUCUUCCCAGUUGCAUCACAAGCUUCCAAAGAAAGAGAUACUCAGCACUUUCGUUCAACCCGGUCCCAAUGUAUGGGUGGGCGAGUCCAUUACUCUGGAGUGCAAACUGAGCCAUGCCACGCCUACAGCCACUGCAGUUUGGCAUCGGGUUCUGUUGGAUCCAGCCGGUCGAAAAUUGCGAUCUCUGGGAUUGGAAGACAACCUGAAUGCGGAAAUGGAAAUUAUCAUUGUGCGAGAACGAACCGCCGAAUUGAUCUCCCAUGGAGACCUUCUUUUGAUCUCAGAUCCACGAUUCCGCCUCAAUGUUCACCGAGGGAAUCAUACGGUUGUUUAUCGCCUUGAGAUCGAGUCUACUAAAUUGGAAGACUCCGGUGACUAUGAAUGCCAAAUGACAUCAACGGAGGAAAAUGACUUCUCCAACCCCCAUAAAGUUCUCAACCAACGGAUAGAAGUUAAUGUCUUCCAAAGGCAUGUUCCAAAAGCAAACCAGGUUGAAGAGCAAACUAGAGUGAAGCAGUUGGACAAAAUUUUAUUGGACAAAAAGCAACUUAACCCCAAGAUUACGGAGAAAAAAGCCUCGUCAAUGCAGGUUCAACAAUCCACCAUGGCCAUGGAAAUUGGAUCUCAUAGUAUUAUAUCAUCGUCAACGAGCCUCCAAGCGGCACCAUUCGUCUUGUUCCUCGUAUUGGAAAUGAUGAUCCCAUGGAUAUCAAAAUCCAUGUUGCUGAAUGCUGAUGAGGAAUAUGUUCUUCUAAUAUAGGGUUUUAUAUUCAGCUCUUAUUCUAGACGAUCAUUAGAACAAGAAUAAGACAGUAAGAUAUUUCAUAA